GCAUUCUGCACGAGGAGUACUGUACUGAGUAUUUUCUUUAUAUUUUUUAAAGCAAAAUAAUAAAAUGGCUGCUGAAGUCGUAGACGAUCAUGAAAUGAGAGAGGCGCAGAGGGAUUACCUGGAUUUCCUUGACGAUGAUCAAGACCAGGGCAUUUACCAGAGUAAAGUACGAGAGAUGAUCGGUGAGAACAAAUCCAGACUUAUUGUGAACAUCAACGACCUGCGUCGGCGCAACGACAAGCGAGCAGCCAAGCUGCUGAAUAAUGCAUUUGAGGAGCUUCUGGCAUUCCAGCGUGCCCUGAAAGAUCUGGUGGCAUCAAUAGAUGCAACUUAUGCCAAGCAACAUGAGGAGUUCUUUAUCGGCCUGGAGGGAAGUUUCGGCAAUAAGCACGUCACCCCUCGAACCCUGACCUCUCGCCUGCUGGGCAGCAUGGUGUGCUUGGAGGGCAUUAUCACCAAAUGUUCUUUGGUGCGUCCCAAGGUAGUGCGUAGUGUGCACUACUGCCCAGCCACUAAGAAGACGCUGGAGCGCAAAUACACAGACAUGACCUCUCUGGAUGCCUACCCUUCAAGUGCCAUCUAUCCCACUAAGGAUGAAGAGAACAAUCCACUGGAGACCGAGUUUGGUCUGUCCAUCUAUAAGGAUCACCAGACCAUCACGGUGCAGGAGAUGCCUGAAAAAGCCCCAGCUGGUCAGCUGCCCCGCUCGGUGGACAUCAUCCUAUACAAUGACCUGGUGGAUUAUGUUAAACCAGGGGACCGGGUUCAGUUGAUUGGCACUUACCGCUGCCUGCCUGGCAAAAAGGGCGGGUUCACAUCGGGUACCUUCAGGACAAUUAUGAUCGCCUGCAAUGUCAAACAGAUGAGCAAAGAGAUCUCUCCUUACUUCUCUGCCGAUGAUGUGGCCAAGAUCAAGAACUUCUGCAGAGCACGUUCAAAGAAUGUGUUUGACCAGUUGGCUCGCUCCUUGGCACCAAGUAUUCACGGUCAUGAGUACAUAAAGAAGGCGAUCCUGUGUAUGCUUCUAGGAGGGGUGGAGAAGGUUUUGGAGAAUGGCUCGCGCAUUAGAGGGGAUAUCAAUGUGCUUCUUAUAGGUGACCCCUCGGUGGCCAAAUCGCAGCUACUUCGGUAUGUUCUUCACACGGCUCCUCGUGCCAUUCCCACCACUGGCAGAGGUUCAUCGGGUGUAGGUUUAACUGCAGCCGUCACCACAGACCAAGAGACAGGUGAGCGUCGUCUCGAGGCUGGUGCCAUGGUGUUGGGAGACAGAGGGGUCGUCUGUAUUGACGAAUUUGAUAAAAUGUCAGACAUGGAUCGCACUGCUAUUCACGAGGUCAUGGAACAGGGCCGCGUCACCAUCGCCAAAGCCGGCAUUCAUGCCCGACUGAAUGCCCGCUGUAGCGUCCUGGCAGCCGCCAACCCUGUGUAUGGCCGGUAUGAUCAGUACAAAACCCCCAUGGAGAACAUUGGUCUGCAGGACUCCCUGCUGUCUCGUUUCGAUUUGCUGUUCAUCAUGCUAGAUCAGAUGGACCCCGAGCACGACCGUGAGAUCUCCGACCACGUGCUACGCAUGCACCGCUACAGAGAUCCCCGUGAGCAGGAUGGAGCUGCUCUGGCUCUCGGUGGUUCAGUGGACGCAUUGGCCACUGAAGACCCCGAUGCAGCCCAGGAGGAAGAGGAGCUACAGGUGUACGAGAAACACAAUCCACUCCUUCAUGGAAGCAAGAAGGCCAAGUAUGGAGAAUACUUUUCUGCCUUUAAAGCAAACCUUUUAGUAUUAUGUUAUAUGUAUAAUUUUAAAUUGGGGAUCAUAUAUGAUAUGUGUUGUCUUUUUAGAGACAGAGUGGUGAGUAAAGAAUUCAUGAGGAAGUACAUUCACGUCGCCAAGGCGAUUUCUCCCGUGCUGACCCAAGAGGCAGCCAAUCACAUCGCAGAGGAGUACUCAAGACUGCGCAGUCAGGACCAGAUUGGCUCUGACAUUGCACGGACAUCACCGGUCACUGCGAGAACACUGGAAACUUUGAUCCGUCUGUCUACGUCUCACGCCAAAGCCCGCAUGAGCAAAGCUGUGGAGCUGCAGGACACAGAAGUUGCUGUGGAGCUCGUGCAGUUUGCCUAUUUCAAGAAGGUUCUAGAGAAGGACCGUAAGCGGUCAAGAAAUGGUCAGCAAGAUGAAGCAUCAGAGGAUGAAGAAGAGGAUGAAGCACCAGAAACACCCAGACAACAAAGAAAAAGGAGGCGCCAGUCUGAGCCCAGAGCAUCUCAGGGCAGUGAAUCUUAUGAUCCCUAUGACUUUAAUACAGAGACUGAAAUACCAGAAAUUCAGUCCCCAGCUCCUGCGAGGGAGAGUGAGGAGCCGAUGGACACACCUGAUCAGAACGGACAAACAGUAUUACCUGCGGACAGGCUAAAGGUGUUUAAAACUGCAUUAUCAGAGGUUUUCCACACUGCUCAUGCCCAGUCAAUGGGUUUGAUGACUCUGAUGCAGGACAUUAACAAGAGUUGUCCGUCGCCAUUCAAUGAAGCAGAGGUCCGUUCUGCACUUAACACCAUGCAAGAUGACAACCAGGUUAUGGUUGCUGAUGACAUCAUUUUCCUUAUAUAAAAAUAUAUAUACAAGAUCUUGGAAAAACUUUAAAAAAAAAUUUAAGUUAAAGCUUCAAGUGUGGAUUUAUUUCAAAAGAUUUGCAACUUGUGUGCAAUGUUUAUUUUCCUGUGUUUGUAGAUGCAUACACAUGUAUGCAUGUAUUUCUUAAAACUAUUCUAGCACAUUUUACAUUCUUACAGUAAUCUGUAUUUGUUUUUUUUACAACUGUAAAGACAUGGAUUGUUUUGUUCUAAACAUAACAUUGUGUUCUUUGAUUGUUGGAAUUUUUCUGUUUUUAUUUUAAUUUUAAGUUUAGGUUUUUUUUUUACAUGAUUUAACUUGUAAAUACUGGUGUAUUAUUCAAUGAAAGACUCCCUUGAGAUCUUCAGUGAUUUGUUUUUAUAAUCGAGUUGUUCUGUUGAGCAGUGGUUAUUGUUUAGGGGAAAGUUUGUUUUUAGUUUAUCCCAAGUUUAUCCCGAACCCAUUCCACCAACACCCCAAAAUAUCCUAUCCUGUUUAUUGGCAUGGUAAAAAAACUACUGCCAAAAUAUUUUCCCUAAAGAUUCAUAAAAAAUGCUUUGUAAAAAUGUCAAUUAAAAUUAGCAAAAGUUCACAAAA